AUGUCAGGACGAAAAUUGAAGUUUAUGAAGGAUUACUUAGCUGAAGAAAAAGAACAAUCUGAAGAAUCAUUGAUGCAAUUGAUUCGACAAGCAGAGUCUAUGCGUGUCUUAAUUAAUACAACAAAUUAUGAUUAUGGUCAAGUUAAAGCUAAAAUGGAUAUUAAAUAUCUGAUUCGUGAAAUAAAUCUUUGUUCUGAUCCAUUUGCUGGAGAUAUUAUUGAAGCAUUAAAAUGUAGUUGUACAAAAUUAAUGAAAUAUUUGGAACAUCAACAGAAAGAAAAAAUUAAUGAAGAAGAACAACCAUUUUUCAUAUUGGAGUAUUUGAUUAUGAAACGUUACAAACAUUUAAAAAAGCUGUUAUUAAAUUAUGAAACAAUCGAUGCUUAUCCAAUUAUACAAAUACAAACAAUUAACAAUAUUAAAAAUUAUUCUAUUGUUAUAGAAUAUAAUAUACUUAUUACAACAAGUUCACAAAUUGAAGCUAUGGCUAUUUUAAUUGAAUCAUAUGAAAUAUUUAAUAUUGAAUAUCUAGCAAAAAUUCGAGCAACAUUGGAAGUCAUGAAUGGUUUAUUAUUUAAAAAACGAUCAUUUUUUUAUCAUUAG